GAAGGAAACUCACCCUGCCACCCUCCGCAUCCCCCUCGCCGUGACGGGUACCAGCUUGGGGAACUCCGGGCAGGGACAGCCCAAACCCGGGACCCGGGCGCAGCUGUUCCAAGCCGGGAGGAGCCACGGGGCCGUCCCCGCGCUGAGUGACGGCCAGGCUGGGAGCGGGACCGGGGCUGGGGCUGGCACCGGACCCUCCGCCCCCCGCAGCGGCGGAGCCGGCGCGGGCAGGACGCGCCGCCCGGGCUUGGCACGGCUCGGCUCGGCACGGCUUGGCUCACGGGUGCGGUCCUGGUUUGGCAUAAGAGUGAGGUUCACCAGACUCCUCCAAGAUGUCUUACAGAAAGGAGCUGGAAAAGUACCGAGACCUGGAUGAAGAGGCCAUCCUUGCAGCUCUGACAGAGGAGGAGCUGGCCAAGUUAGAGAAUGAGCUGGAAGAGCUGGAUCCUGAUAACGCAUUGCUGCCAGCUGGCCUCAGGCAGCGGGAUCAGACCCAAAAGCCACCCACUGGCCCCUUCAAGAGGGAGGAACUCAUGGCCCACCUAGAAAAGCAGGCAAAGGACAUUAAAGACAGAGAAGACCUGGUUCCUUUCACGGGUGAAAAGAGAGGAAAAGUUUGGAUCCCCAAGCAGAAGCCAAUGGAUCCAGUUUUGGAAAGUGUGACUCUGGAGCCGGAGCUGGAGGAAGCCCUUGCUAAUGCCUCUGAUGCAGAGCUCUGUGACAUUGCAGCCAUCCUUGGUAUGCACACCCUGAUGAGCAACCAGCAGUACUAUGAGGCACUGGGGAGCAGCACCAUUGUCAACAAAGAAGGGCUCAACAGUGUGAUUAAACCCACACAGUACAAACCAGUUCCAGAUGAGGAACCAAACUCAACCGAUGUGGAGGAAACCCUGAAACUAAUACAGAGCAAUGAUCCUGACCUCGAGGAAGUCAACCUCAAUAAUAUCAUGAAUAUUCCCAUACCAACCUUGAAAGCUUUUGCAGAAGCACUGAAAAACAACACCUAUGUGAAGAAGUUCAGUAUAGUUGGGACAAGGAGCAAUGACCCUGUGGCUUUUGCACUGGCAGAAAUGCUGAAGGUCAAUAACACACUGAAGAGCCUGAACGUGGAGUCCAACUUCAUUUCAGGGUCGGGGAUCCUGGCUCUGGUCGAAGCUCUCCAGGGCAACACCUCGCUCGUAGAGCUGCGCAUCGACAACCAGAGCCAGCCCUUGGGCAACCAAGUGGAAAUGGAGAUUGCAAACAUGCUGGAGAAGAACACCACCCUGCUGAAGUUUGGGUACCAUUUCACUCAGCAAGGGCCCCGGCUCCGUGCCUCCAAUGCCAUGAUGAAUAACAAUGACCUAGUGAGGAAGAGGAGACUUGCAGAGCUGAACGGGCCUAUCUUCCCCAAGUGCAGAACUGGAGUGUAGCUGCUGGGCCGUGGCGAGGGGUGGGGCAAGUCGUUCCCACUGCUGUGUGCCGCGAUGUGGAAACCCAGAGGCAAUAAGUGCCUUGACAGAGUAUUUGUGGUGCCUCCGUCCUGUUUGAUGCACUAAGGGUUGUUUCAAUUAACUAGUGGCUGUAGCUGAGGAUUUUUUAUCCAGUAGAACUUGUAGAGUUGGAAACUGUUCAAGCCAGUAACUACCUGCCAAUUUUAAAGAGUACAUCCCAGUGUUAAAAGUUGACUCUUAGGAACCUGGGACCUGAUUUAUUAUGAUUAU